GAUCUGUAGUCAAACAAGGUUCCGACUUUCGUUUCUUUCUGCUGAGGAAACGGGCCUUUUUCUUUAUUUAUGUAUUUUUAGCGAGAAAGCUUCUUCGGGUAUCUUGCAGUCUCUUUGGCUUGUCCCGCCGUCGGAAAGACUCUUGCGCGUCAAUCCAGCUGUGAAAAGCCGGCCGAGUGGAGUAGGGGAAACGCCUGCGUGCAAAUCUAUUGCAAGCAAUCUGCUGGCAGAGUUCGAAAGCGAAAGUAAACUUUCUCCGUGGAGGAUAGCGACUAUGGCAGAAGAUAAACUUUCAAAAAUAUUUACAAGUGAGACUGAACUACUGGAAGAACUAGAAAAAUGGAAGGAAAAGCUGGAUAAAAUUGAGAAGCAAAAGUCUGAAAUCCUUCUUUCAAAACUUGACCUUGAUGAGCAAAGAAAAAUGAAGCAAAAGGCUCUGGCAGAUCUACUAGCUCAAAGUAAUAAGCAGGCAACUGAAAGAAAGAAGAUACAGAAGAACCAACAGGAGCAACUUUUCUUAAUAUAUGAGCAAAAUAAUAAGCUGAAAAAGGAAAUUGAAGUCCUUAAGAUGAAUCUAGCAACAAAGAAAGUGAAACGUGAAGAACUUAGAAGGAGUUUUUCGCUUCAGCAAUGCCUACUUAAAAAGAAAAUGAAGUUUGUGCACCUAGAGGAGGCCAAGGAUGAAGAUGACUGCGCAAACAUGUCCUGCUGUUUUCACCUAGCUACAAAAAUCCCAUUCACAGUGAACCAAGGAGAGGCUCUCAUUCAGUUUGAAGAAGAAUCUGUUGCUCAGCAGCUGAUUAGAAAACAUAACCAUAUCAUCAACCUGGAAAAUAAGGAGGUUGCUUUGAAAGCCUUCCCUGUUGCUUUGGCGAUGGGAACAGCAUUUAAGAUCCAUGUUAAGCUCUCUCAAAAGGAGAUUUAUGUUUCUAACAUCCCAAACGUAAACAUUGCUAAGGAAUGGAUGAGAGAGAAAUUGGAGCUCCUUUUCUACAAAUCGAAACUGGGUGAAAUUCAGUCGAUAUUAUAUGAUUCAUCCCUACAAGAGGCCAUUGUUACCUUUUGUCAGCCUAUAGCUCUUAAUAAAAUAAUAAGUUAUGGACAAUACAGUAUCAAUGUGUUUGGAAGGACUCAUUUUCUCACUGUUUCACCCCUCAGAAAAAGCAAUGUGGAAAAAGUUCAGAUGUUUUCAGGGACUUCCAGUAAAGCUGUACUCUUAAUAGGAAUCGUUGCAGAACAGAAAGAUGAGGAGAAUGUGGAAGACAUGAUUGAAAUUCACUUCCAGAAACCCAGCAAUGGAGGAGGUGAAGUGGAUCGAGUGACCUAUAUUCCCAAAGGAACGAAAACUGCCUAUUUUGAGAUAGAUAAAGCGGAUUUUAUAUGAGAGCCUUGAAGACGUGGACCAGGGGUCUUAAAUUUGCCAAGUUUGGAGGCCUCUGAUGGAGACUGUCUCAGCUUCCUAUUAUGCCAAGAGUUUAAUCAUUGAAUACUAAACCUGCAGUUGUUUACGAGCGAAGCUGCUUCUAACAAAAGCUUUGAACACCCUUGUUAAAAGUCUCCUUGUUUGAGUAGUUUUUUUUUAAAAUGUUGAAAUCAUGAGACUUAAUUUGUGAUCUAAUCACAACUCACACCAGUGCUUAUAACGCAAAUACUCAAUACCAACUGCAUUUGGCAUAAUUGUAGGAACUGGCUGAGAUGGUAAAAGUACUACUUUGAUUAAAGAAAAGAGUUGUUUGUUUUUACAUGGAAAUCAUUUUGGACUUUUUGCUACAAACUAAAAUAUUUAAUUUUAGGAUUUGAUGAUUAGAAAUAUUCAUGAUUAUAUGAAUACCGAGUUUGAAAUUUAAAACAAAAGGUUGAUGCAUUUUAUAUCUGUAACUACUGAAGAAAGAAGCUAUUUUUUUCUCACCUUUUUAUUCCUUUGCACCUUCUCUUCCCUUAUCUUUUUCCUUAGUAUUUUUUUGGUUGGUUGGUUUUUACAUUUUAUCUUUUUAUAGAAAUUUAAUACAGCAAAAAAAAAACCACAAUGGCUUAUACUGUAACCAUGAUUGUUUCUAUUAGAAGCCCAGAAUUGUAUAAUCUCCA